AUGAACAAAAAUGAAACAGUGGUAACUGAAUUCAUCCUUCUAGGAUUCUCGAGUAACAGAAUUGAACAAUUUGCCAUUUUUUCAGUUUUCCUAUGUAUCUACUUAGUCAUUUUAGUCGGCAACUUGCUUAUCAUUUCAGUAUCCAUUAUGGACAAAAGUCUUCAGACCCCUAUGUAUUUUUUCCUAAUUAACCUCUCUUUUAUUGAUAUCUGCUUCUCAUCAACAGUGGUUCCCAGAAUGCUAAGAGACUUAUUGUCAGCAAAGAAAACUAUUUUAUUUCAAGAAUGUGCAGCACAAAUGUACAUUUCGUUGUCAUCGGGCGUUGCUGAAUGUAUUCUGCUUGCUACAAUGGCUUAUGACAGAUAUGUAGCUAUUUGCUUCCCUUUACAUUACAUGUCAAUUAUAAAUCGAUCUGCCUGUAUCAGGAUUGUAGCUGGGUCAUGGAUAUGUGGGUUUCUUCUCUCUAUUUCUCAUGUUGUACUUACAAUGAAUGUAAAUUUUUGUGGCAACAAUCAAAUAAAACAUUUUGUUUGUGAAGUGCCAGAAGUCCUGGCAUUAGCAUGUGGUGAUGUUAGUGUCAUUGAACUUGUUAUCUUUCUAGCUGGUGUGUUAGUACUUAUGAUUCCAGUUACUUUUAUUAUAAUAUCAUAUAUCAGAAUUAUUUCAGCUAUCAUAAAAAUUACCACCUCUGCUGGAAAGAAAAAAGCCUUAUCAACUUGUGGGUCCCAUAUAAUGGUUGUAACAUUAUUUUAUGGUUCAGCAAUGGCUGUAUACAUGAAACCUAAGUCAAAAUCUUCAGACUCUGAUAUAAUGAUUACUGUUUGUUAUGUGAUUUUAACACCAAUGUUAAAUCCCUUGAUUUAUUCACUUAGGAAUAAAGAAUUUAGAACAGCCUUGCAAAAAGCAAGAAAUCUGAAAAUACUCUAUCUAUAA